UUUGUGUCGCUGAGAUCAGCGCGUCAGUUGCUCCGGUUGUCUCGCGCUGUCGUCUGUCCCUGCUGUCCCUGUCUGCCCAUACUAAACUGCACCUGGAGGUCUUACAUACCAGAAGAAAUACCUGGAGACGCAUACACCGAAAUGGGACGCAAGGAGGCUGACUACGAUUGGAAGAAAAGCACGGACAACAUUCAAGAUGUUUUUGACUUCAUAGAGGUGCUUGGAUCGGGAGCAUUCUCUGAGGUGUUCAUGGUGAAGGAGAGGAAAACAGGAAAGCUGUCUGCCAUUAAGUGUGUGAAGAAAAAGAACAAAAGAGACAUCCAUUUGGAGAAUGAGAUUGCUGUGUUAAGGAGGAUCAAACAUGACAAUGUGGUGGGGUUGGAAGAUCUCUACGAAAGCCGAACUCAUUACUACCUUGUCAUGCAGCUCGUUUCAGGUGGUGAACUUUUUGAUCGGAUCCUUGACCGGGGAGUGUACUCAGAGAAGGAUGCUAGCUUAGUGAUAAGGCAGGUUCUCGAUGGAGUUAACUACCUGCAUAAGAAUGGCAUAGUUCAUCGUGAUCUCAAGCCUGAGAACUUGUUGUACUUCAGUCCAGACGAGAAGUCCAAAAUAAUGAUCAGCGAUUUUGGACUUUCGAAGGAGGAGGACAAGGGCAUCAUGUCCACAGCCUGUGGUACCCCAGGCUAUGUGGCUCCAGAGGUGUUAGCGCAGAAGCCCUACAGUAAAGCUGUCGACUGCUGGUCCAUUGGAGUUAUUACCUAUAUACUCCUCUGUGGAUAUCCUCCAUUUUACGAGGAAUCAGAGACUCGUCUUUUCUCGAAGAUCAUGAAAGCCCAGUACGAGUUUGACUCUCCCUUCUGGGACGACAUCUCAGAAUCUGCGAAAGACUUUAUCCGAAACAUGAUGCAGAAGAAUCCUAAUUUGCGCUACACAACAGACCAAGCACUUAGACAUCCCUGGAUCAUUGGAAAGACCGCCCAAAGUCGUGAUAUCUACCAGUCCGUCAGUGUGCAAAUCCAGAAGAACUUUGCCAAAUCCAAGUGGAAGCAAGCUUUCAAUGCUACAGUGGCCAUCAACCAUAUGAAGAAACUACAGCUUGCUCAUGGUGAGGCGUCAGUCAAACGGAUCCAGGCACAGAUUCAACUGCCUGAUAUUAAAAUCAUUUCAACAUCUAACCCCGAACAAACAGACAACGAUCUGGUCCAUGACAGUCUGGAACCCAAUGGCAGUCUGCCUUACAGUCAUAUAACACUGCCACCCGUUUCCUUGGAAACAAAGGCUCAGUACCUACUGCCGAAGGUCAGCCAUAGUGUUACGCUCACAGUCACGGAGAAGAGCAAGCAUGUGUACCACUCCGAGCCAGGAAACCUGAACGGGUAUGAGAAGACAGAUACCAGCAGCAAUGGGGAGAAGCUUCAGACAGGUGUCUGUUGUGUCAUGUAACUGGACAUUUGCAGCAUUAUGAGUGGACGUUAACAGAUGUGUGACCAGUCUCAUGGCCACUGGCUGCUUGAAGUUGGCAUGCUUGCUGCUUUGGGCUUUGGCUCUUUUGGGAUUUGGAGUGAUUACAAGACAGCUGACGUUUUGGUUGUCGACAUCACAAAUGUAUUGGAGUUGAGAGGAGUGCCUCCGUGUCAUUAAUGCACAUGCGUAGACAUGACUAUACAUAUGAAAAUGUACAUGGAAAAAGACAUGUAGUACUCUCUGAAAGCAGAACACCAUGCUUAAGCACCUGCUUGUAUUAUAACACAAAAAGCUGGUUCCUCAAGACUGAUGUAACUUUAGCCCUGUGUAUUAUUUCCAUAAAGGUCACUGAUCACUACAUUUAAUCAUCCAGAACGUUUGUGCUUCAUAUUACAUUGAGAGUAUUAGUGAUGUGAAUAUUUUUUUAUUAUUUAUUUCCCAAUAGUUUCGCUCUGAACUGUUUAGGCCCACCCCUGGUUUAUGUAUAAGAGAAAAUAUUAAACUCAUUCAAAGAGAUUCAAUUUCUAAACCAAGAUGGGGAGACUGUAACUUUAAGCUAUUCCUUUUUUCUAUUUCAUUUCAGUAAUAGCUCUUUUUUUUCCCUUUCAUAAUCUACCUUACAGCACAUUUAUUUUUAUAUUAAAAUAUUUAUAUUAUGUACAAGCAGAAUUACAUAUUCUCAUACAUGUAUUUUUAAAAAUACAAUAACCAAUUAUAGUUACUAUUCCCAACACAAUAAAAGAAUGUCUAUCUUUUUUAGAUGUAAUUACUUGCCAAUGUACUUGACACUACACAAAAGUGUGCACUUUUUUUGUAAAUAUAUUUGUUAAUUAUCAUAUGAGAUAUACUGUAAAUAAUUGAUAAGUCUAGUAACAUUUCAGGUUUCUCAUGAUGCAUGUUGAUUUCUCAUGAUGUUGUGCAUUAUUUAA